AUGAAAAUACAGCUUAUGGUCGGAAGUGAAUCGGCGACCACUAGUAUCAGCUCCAGAAUCGGAAUCCCCGCCGGAAACCGAACGCAAAGCCGCGGCGGCGGUAGCGGUGGUGGAAGCGGAAGGUCUGGAAACUCAGGCGGAAGAGGAGGCUUCAGAGGCGGCGCCAGAAGAGGAACCUCGAGAGGAGGCGGCGGUGGAGGACGAGGCGGAGGAUCGAGAGGACAAAAGAGGGCGUUGUGCUGUAAGAUGAGCGUAGAAUUUGAUACAUUCAUCGAAAGCAAUAAGCGAUGGUUUUGCCACUUCGAUGACGAUAAUUACGUGAAUGUGCCUGAAUUGGUGGCACUGUUGCGGUCAUACAAUCCGCUGAAGGACUGGUAUUUGGGAAAACCAAGUAUACGCCAGCCGUUGGAGAUCGUGAGCCGACACAACAAGAAGUCGAAGGUCUCGUUCUGGUUCGCGACGGGCGGCGCCGGCUUUUGUCUGUCGCGAGCCAUCGCUCUGCGAAUGGUUCCGAUGGCCAGUGGAGGCAAAUUCAUUAGCAUUGGUGAGAGUAUACGACUGCCCGACGACGUGACCAUCGGCUAUAUCGUCGAGCACUUGCUCUCCACACCUCUCACUGUCAUCGAGAGAUUGCACUCGCAUUUAGAGCCAAACAAGUCUAUCAAACUGAAAUCCAUUGCAAAACUGUUUCGUUUACGACAUUUCGGUGACUCUAAGACCGGUUCAAAGAGCGGCCGAAAGAGUGGUCACAACCAGAAGUCGGCGCUCGAUAUGAAGCAAGAGUUGAGCGCUUUUCAGCUCAAAGACGAGGGAAACAGAUAUUAUCUGAACCACAAAUAUGAAGACGCGAUCAAUAGCUACACCCGAGCCAUAGUGCGGAACCCAUCGGUGGCCACAUUCUUCACGAACCGAGCGCUCUGUUAUCUAAAGCUCCAACAGUGGGAACAGUCGUAUCAGGACUGCAGGCGAGCGCUGGAAAUGGAGCCAAACCUGAUGAAAGGCCACUUCUUCUUAGGCCAGUCGUUGCUGGAAAUGGAUCACUUCGACGACGCCAUCAAACACUUGCAAAGGGCCGUGGAUUUGGCGAAAGAGCAGAAAUUGAAUUUCGGAGACGAACUCACGUAUCAGUUAAGAGUCGCCCGAAAGAAACGAUUCAAUGUAUGCGAAGAGAAACGGAUCAAAGAGGAGAUAGAGCUGCAGACAUACUUGAAUACAUUGAUCCAAUUAGACAAAGAACAACAGCUUAAUAAACUUAAGUCUGAAGUGCAGACCAAUGCCAUCACCGAUGAACAGACAGCAGAGGAUCUCAAACAAAUGAUUGUCUCCACAACCGAUCAAAGGACUGAUGAAUUGAACGCAAUGUUUGCCGAAUUAGACGUCAGACGAAAGAAACGUGAAGUUCCCGACUAUUUGUGUGGGAAAAUCAGUUUUGAGAUAAUGCGCGAUCCGGUGGUCACUCCGAGUGGCAUCACAUACGACCGCAAAGACAUUGAAGAGCAUCUGCAACGCGUCGGUCACUUCGAUCCGGUCACCCGAACGCCACUUACUGUCGAUCAGUUGACACCGAAUCUGGCGAUGAAGGAAGUGAUCGACACAUUCUUAAUGGAGAACGAAUGGGCCAAUGAUUACUGAUUAGACGUUUACAUCUAAUUUAUGUUUUAAUCUAAAUUUGUUGGACUGAAGGGUGCCUUUCAUUGUUUCCAUUGUUUCCAUGCGUUUCGCUAAUUAUUUACAAUUAUUAUUGAUCUUUAAUUACUGUAAUAAUUGGCUCUCGUUUUUGUCGAUACACUUCCGCAUAGAAUUAAGUGUUAAACCAAACGAAUAAGUUAUUGAUAAACAAUUUCAACGUUUCAUUUGCUUAACACGAAAU